UGAUGGAGAAACACAUUUUCCUUGUCAUAAGUACGACAGGGCAAAUAUGUUUCUCCAUCAUUUGUUUCUUUGUUUUGCAUGCCUUGAUUGAGAUGCGUGUAAUGUUUCAACAUUUCACAGCAGCAGGCAGACAUAUGGGGCUGUUCGGAGGAUUCCUCUCAACACGUGUUGUAGAUAUUUGUGAUUUGGGCUAAAUGUCAUCUGUUGCUGGGAAACUGGCCGUUAGCCACUGUACUGCAACACCAUGUUUGAAGCACGAUUAUGCCAAUUCCCAACUACUUGUAUCCAUAAGUGAGGAGAUUCCAUCAUGUAGUUAUUUUAUGAACCAAUAUCAGUCCUAAACUUGGCAUUUAGAAUUAAUACUGAGUCAAGCUACUGUUAGUGUGGAGCCAUUCAGUCUCAGUUUUUACAUUCCCAGACUACGUCAGUGUAGUUUAGAAAAAAGGCAUCUUCAAAAUUAACUUUGCACAGUCGCUCUGUAGUUUGUCUUGAUGAAAACACACCUGCCACACGUGCAAACAGCCUUAGAUGUGCUUGUUGCCAGCCGCUUCCUGACACAUCCACGUUCUCUUGCAGAGAUGAGCUGUUUUGCGCUGGAUGAGGAGAGGUUUCGUCUCUGCUGUCGUCUGCUCCUCCAGCGUUCCGAUCAGCUGAGAGACGGCUGGAGCUGGAAUGUGGUUCAAGGGUCAGAGGAGGGCUACCUGAAGAAGACUGUUCUCCGAUCCGACUCAGAGCUGCACGCUACACCAACAGCUGAGGAACAGCAAAGAGAGCAGAGCGCCGCUGCUCCUGAAGGCAUCAGAGGACACUCCGAGGAUGACGAUGAUGAAGAUGACGGGGCGUGCACUGUGCUCGAGAGCAGCCGCCAGGCGCUGCAGUACGAGUACCACGUCCUGUAUUCCUGCAGCUACAACACUCCUGUGCUGUACUUCAGAGCCUUCACUCUGGAGGGGAGGAGCCUGUCGUUAGAGGAGGUAUGGAGCUCCGUCCAUCCCAACUUCAGGCUCCGUCUCCAAGAAAGUCCUCUAGAUACCAUCACCCAGCAGGAACACCCCCUGCUGGGUCAGCCCUUCUUCAUGCUCCACCCGUGUAAGACGGAGGAGUUCAUGAAGCCUCUGCUGCAGGCGGCUGUGGACCAGAACAGGCCAGUGAACUACGUGCUGUCGUGGCUCAGUGUGGUGGGCCCGGUGGUCGGUCUUCACGUCCCCCUGCAGUACUGCGAGACGGGCUGAAGCUCGCUACUUUCUCUGGACGCAAGACACAAAGCAGCAGCUCACUAAUACACAUCUGUGUGUGGUCAAACAUGCCGUCCGCGGAAUCACUCGGAAAAUCAAAAGGUUCAGAAGGACGACACGAUCUGAACCCUUUUGAUGGAGUCCACUGGGAGGCACACAGUGUCUGAACAUCAGUGACGCCGCGAAAGCAAAUGAUGAGGCUGAGUUUGUGAACACAUGAUUUAACGCUGCUGGUGUUCAAUCUGAACAAUUUAUGCAUUUCUUCUUCAGAAAUACUGACGUUUCUACAGUGAAGUUUAUGGGCUGGUCAUGAGGUUCCAAGUCUUUUUCAUAAAUGGCAUUUAAAGAAAUAAAGCUGAAAUACUGUUGAAGGCAUUUCUGUGUUUAUGGAAACAUUUCAGUACAUGUCUUACAUAAAGACUUUAAAACCAGA